GGACUGGUCAGACUGGUGCAGACACUGCUGGACUGGUCAGGCUGGUGCAGACACUGCCGGACUGGUUUCCAGCUCUUAAACAGUUGCAUACAAGUUACUUAUAAAGUGCGGUGGGUUGAGAAGCACAGCACUGCACUAUUAGACACACCCUCGUUGAAAUGAUCUGUUAUAACUACUCUUUUAAAAUUUUACUUUGCUUAAAUAUGCAUUGAUAUGGAAAAAAAAUAAAUAAGGCAAUGUUACACAAUCAGUGGAUUUAUCUUUCGAACGUAUUUUCACCGUAUAUACAGAUAUUGGUAUUAGAAAUGAAAGAUUAUUUUCUUGCAUGGAAAGGGUCAAAACCUAACCUGACAAGCAAAAACAAAUACAGGCUGCUGUUGACAAAAUUUGCCGAGAGAAAAGCUUCCCUUCACUGCCUCUUAAUUACGCGUUCACUUAUUCGCUGGCCAACUCCGUGCGGCCUCGCAUUAUAAACUCAUUAGAAUUUAUUGGGGAAACGGAGAUAAAAGGCAGCCUCUAUUUUCUUUAAUCUGCUGUCUGUGGAACGAGGAGCCGGGCUUUCGUGCUCAUUAAAGUCCUUCCCUGAAGACUAGCACCGGCCUCUCCGGGACACGUUGUAGAUUAAAAUAAAAUUUAAAAAAACAAUAGUUCAAUCAGUAAUUUGUGAGAAUAUGCCAAUACUCUUAUCUUGAGUGCAGAUGGCAUCUUGUGUUCAGAACACACAGCUUGAACACCCUCUUAUUUGAGAAAUUCGUAAUUUUUUGCAGUAUUUUUUAUUUAUUUUUUUUUUAAACUGGCAUCUACCUGUUACUUAAAAUGUUCUUUUAACUAUAUUGUUACUCAAUUUUUUGUUAACCUGCAAAAAUGAAGUCUAAAUGCUACCGAUUGUUAUUCUGCAAACUUACCCCUUCCAGGUGCUUUUGUGAUGCCUUGAUAUAAAAUGAGGGCAGGGUGGCUAAAAUCGACCAUUCAAGUCCUGACCAACUAUAGUCUGGUGUUGACCAGUUCAGCCUCCAGCCAGAUCCUGUGGCCGCUCUUGAUCUCACUGUAGUUGUUAAACAAACCCGGAGCGGGAUCCGGGACUGGGAUCCUUCUGCACUGGGGGGUGCGGGUCGAUCACAUUGUUUUUGUUUCAGUUGCCGAGUUCGGGAGAGUCCUGCACUCCGAGAUGAGCACCGUGAAGGGGUUUGCGGGUCAGGGCGUGGAGAACAGCAGCGGUAAGCUGUCCAAGCACUGGGACACCCCCAAGGAAAAGGUGCCCACGAACCGCACGCUGGUGGUAGCGGGCGGCGGUGGCGGCGAUCCCGACAAGAAGCGGCGUCAGCGCUACGUGGAGAAGGACGGCAAAUGCAACGUGCACCACGGCAACGUGCGCGAGACCUACCGCUACCUCACCGACAUCUUCACCACCCUGGUGGACCUGCGGUGGCGCUUGAACCUGCUCGUCUUCACCCUGGUCUACACCAGCACCUGGGUCUUCUUCGGCUUCAUCUGGUGGCUGAUCGCUUACAUCCGGGGGGACCUGGACCACACUGAGGAUCACGAGUGGACACCCUGCGUGAACAACCUCAACGGCUUCGUCUCGGCUUUCCUCUUCUCCAUCGAGACCGAGACCACCAUCGGCUACGGAUAUCGGGUCAUCACAGACAAGUGCCCCGAAGGCAUCGCCCUGCUCCUGGUGCAGGCCAUCCUGGGCUCCAUCGUGAACGCCUUCAUGGUGGGCUGCAUGUUCGUGAAGAUCUCCCAGCCCAACAAGAGGGCCGAGACGCUGAUGUUCUCCCACAAGGCCGUGGUGUCGAUGCGGGACAGCAAGCUGUGCUUGAUGUUCAGAGUCGGGGAUCUGCGCAACUCUCACAUCGUGGAGGCUUCCAUCCGGGCCAAGCUCAUCCGGUCCAAGCAGACCAAGGAAGGGGAGUUCAUCCCCUUGAACCAAACGGACAUCAACGUGGGCUUCGACACGGGCGACGACCGCCUCUUCCUGGUGUCGCCCCUCAUCAUCUCUCACGAGUUCAACGAGCUGAGCCCCUUCUGGGAACUCUCCCAGGCCCAGCUGGAGAAGGAGGAGUUUGAGAUCGUCGUCAUCCUGGAGGGGAUGGUGGAGGCAACCGGGAUGACUUGCCAGGCGCGCAGCUCCUACCUGAACUCGGAGGUGAUGUGGGGGCAGCGCUUCAUGCCAGUGCUGACCCUCGAGGAGGGCUUCUACGAGGUCGACUACGACACCUUCCACAGCACCUACGAGACGCCCACCCCCUCCUGCUCUGCCAAGGAGCUGUCCGAGCUGGACACCCCCCCAGGGAACCCCCCCAGACUGCCCCGGAGCCAGGAGGAGGCGGAGAGAGGGGAGACCCAGGACCUCAUCAACGGAGACGUCAACAGAAUGGAGAAAGGAGACCCUGAAUAAGACAAUGCAAUAUAAUACAACACAGUACAAUGCAACACAGCACAGCGCAAAUGUAUUUUUAUAUAGUGCCCUCCUUUCAAGUCCAUGGCAUCCCAGCAUGCUGUAUAAAAGAGCUCCGAUGUACAGUACAGCUGGUUAUAGUAAAGCCCAUGUUUUUUUGUUUUUGUUUUAAUGUUUUUCAUAAGUAGAUUUAGAAUAAUCCACUGUUUCAACCUGCCUAAUGAUGUGAACCAAAAUAGUUCUCAAGGAACGAAUAGGAAUAUAUACAGUUAGUAGUUCUUGGAGACAGGAUGGCCCUAAUCCAUGAAUGACCUUUUACAUUUUUACAUCAACUUUAAAAUCAAUUUGGUAGUUCAUUGGUAACCAAUGUAAGGGCCUAAGCACUGGAGUACUAUGUUGAGAACUACAAGUGUGGGAAAGCAGUCUGGCAGCUGCCAUUCUGUGUGUGUGUGAUUUUUUUUAUAU